AUGCUCCGAGGUGCCGGUUUCACUUCCGGGUGCUGAGCGCAUGUGCAGACCAACAUGGCGGCGGAAGAACCGAACUGAGCCCGACACAACUUCACCGUCCUCUUCUUCUGACGUCACGCGACCGACGCGUCCGCGCGGUUCCGGAGUGAAGAGGCUUCACCGAUGACACCGCGUGGUUUCUAAUCUCAUCGCUGAACAUGUUCCGACAGACGAAGGCGCUGCUGCAGAAACUCCGGAGUCUGCGUCUCAAUGGACGGCAGAGUGCUUGGAGGCUGAAGAGCACUUCAGCAGAGAGAGCUCUUCAGUUCCAAGCAGGACAGAAAAUCCACGGAUUCACAGUCAGAGAGGUCGCCACGGUCCCCGACUUGUUUCUCACGGCAGUGAAGCUGACUCAUGACGAAACCGGAGCUCAGUACCUUCACGCAGCCAGAGAUGACUCCAACAACCUCUUCAGCGUCCAGCUCAGGACGACCCCCAUGGACAGCACGGGGGUCCCCCACAUCCUGGAGCACACGGUGCUGUGUGGGUCUGAGAAGUAUCCCUGCAGAGACCCUUUCUUCAAGAUGCUCAACAGGUCUCUGUCCACCUUCAUGAACGCCUUCACAGCCAGUGACUACACCAUGUAUCCGUUCUCAACCCAGAAUGCAAAAGACUUCCAGAACCUCCUGUCCGUCUAUCUGGACGCUGUGUUCUUCCCUUGUUUACGAGAGCAGGACUUCUGGCAGGAGGGCUGGCGGCUGGAGAACGAAGACCCCACAGAUGCCAGCUCCCCUCUGGUGUUUAAAGGAGUGGUGUUCAAUGAGAUGAAGGGCGUGUUUUCGGACAACGAGCGUCUUUACGCCCAGCACCUUCAGAACAAGCUGUAUCCAGACCACACCUACUCUGUGGUGUCAGGGGGAGAACCGCUGGUCAUCCCCGACCUCACCUGGGAGCAACUCAAACAGUUCCACGCCACACACUACCACCCCAGCAACGCCAGAUUCUUCACUUACGGAGAUUUGCCUUUGGAGCAGCAUCUGAAGCAGAUUGAAGAGGAGGCUCUGUCCAAGUUCCAGCGCAUCGACCCAAACACAGAUGUCCCCCCCCAGCCUCACUGGAGCAGCCCUAGAGAGGAGCAUGUGACCUGCAGCCCUGAUGCUCUGGCACCAGAUCCCGCCCGGCAGAACACGCUGUGUGUGAGCUACCUGCUGGGAGACAUCACCGACACGUUUGAGGGAUUCACUCUCAGCCUGCUGUCCGAACUGAUGAUCUCUGGACCAAACUCUCCUUUUUACAAAGCUCUGAUCGAACCCAAGUUAGGAACCGACUUCUCCUCUGUUGUCGGAUACGACGGCAGCACCAAAGAGGCGUCGUUCAGCAUAGGUCUGCAGGGAAUGGCUGAAGAGGACUCGGAGAGGGUGAAACAAAUCAUCAGCCAAACCAUGGACGACAUUAUCGAGAACGGCUUCGUGGAGGAGAGAAUCGAGGCGCUCCUCCACAAGAUCGAGAUCCAAAUGAAACACCAGUCCACCAACUUCGGUCUGUCGUUAGCUUCGUACAUAGCGUCAUCGUGGAACCAUAACGGUGACCCGGUACAGCUGCUGCAGAUCAGCGACAGCGUUGCCAAGUUCAAACAAGCCCUGAUGGAAAACCCUCGUUUUUUACAGGACAAAGUCAAACACUACUUUAAGGAGAACACUCACAGACUGACCCUGUCCAUGAGCCCGGAUGAGGCCUACCUGGACAAACAGGCCAAGGCAGAGGAAGAGAAGCUUCAGAGAAAGAUCCAGGCUCUGUCCGACAGCGACAGGAAGGAGAUCUAUGAGAAAGGUCUGGAACUGCUGGCUGCUCAGAGUAAAACCCAGGACGUCUCCUGUCUGCCUGCGCUCAAAGUGUGCGACAUCGAGCCGACGAUCAGCGCCACCGCGGUUCAGAUGAGCUCUGCAGGAGGAGUUCCGGUUCAGUUCUGUGAGCAGCCCACCAAUGGUCUGGUUUACUUCAGAGCCAUGUGCAGCCUCAACACGCUGCCGGAGGAUCUCAGGCUUUACGUCCCGCUCUUCUGCAGCGUUAUCACCAGGAUGGGCUCUGGAGAUCUGGACUACAGGCAACAGGCCCAGCAGAUGGAGCUGAGGACCGGAGGCAUGUCCGUCUCCACGCAGGUCAUCCCUGACUCCACGCAGCUGGACAUGUACGAGCAGGGUGUCCUCCUGUUCUCCUCCUGCCUGGAGAGGAACCUCCCUCACAUGUUUCAGCUGUGGAGCGACAUAUUCAACAGUCCCCACUUUGAUGACGAGGAGCGUCUGAGGGUGCUGGUGAUGAGGUCAGCGCAAGAACUGGCCAAUGGGAUCUCGUACUCCGGACACAUGUAUGCGAUGACCCGCGCCGGCCGUCACCUGACUCCAGCAGGAGACCUCCAGGAGACGUUUGGAGGGAUGGAGCAGGUGAAGUUUAUGAAGAGGAUUGCUGAGAUGUCGGACCUCACCCAAGUCAUCAGAACAUUACCCAGAAUCAAAAAGCAUCUGCUCAACCCCGACAACAUGAG